AUGGGCAGCGGCCCGCAGGAUGAGCCUCAGCCCGGCCCGUCGGCCGUGCGCACGAGGCAGAGGCCCGGCGUGCUGCCCCGAGAGGUGAUGGAACUGCUCGUGCCGCCCGUCAAGGUGGGCGCCUGGACCGGUGCCGCCGGAGUCUUGGCCGGCGUGGGAGGGGCAAUUGCAAGAGACACAAACCCCUUUGCCAGCGGCGUCUUGUCGGGUGUCCAGUGGUUUACGCUAGGAACGAGCUACUGGUUUACGAGGACAGUGGCCAUACGUGCGCUCGGCGGGGACGAGCAUGUUGGACCCGGUGACAGGGUCAAGGCGAGCACCGUUGCUGGUUCUGCCACCGGCGCUGUGGCCGGGCUGAUGCGCGGGCCGCCCAAGAUCUUGCCGGCGAUGGUACUAUGGGGGCUCGUCGGAGCUGGCGGGCAACUCGUCGCCAACCGCAUGGCUGCAAAGGAGUCGAAGCCGCUGGACGACACAGGCGGCUGGUCAUGGAGCCCGCUCAAGAGGCUGACGGACGAGCAGUACAUUGACAUGAUGGGCGAGAAGAUACUCAAGGUCGAGGUGGACAUUGCCCUCAUCGACGACCGCAUUGCCGAGCUUCGGGCACAGGACGCCGAGAGCAAAGGGGGCGAAGGACGGGCAUAG